CAUCCCCGAAUGAGAAAUUCAUAUAUAAGCGACCGAGGUUGAUCGAACAGGCAUCAGAAGUCACUUGGAACUUCAACCGAAAGCAUUUACGACCAUCCCAGAGGAACAGUCGGUGUUCACGAUGAAGCUGCUAAUUUCACUAUUGGCCUUAUCAUGCGCUAUCGCAUAUACAAGCGCUGGAUUGUCUCGAAGCCAAGAGCCCUCGCAAUCGACCGGACCGGUUUUACCACAUACACCACGUUUUCCACGUGCAGCCGAUCCCGGACAAAAUAAUUCAAUAAGCAUCAUAGUGACUCAGCCUAUGAGUGGUCCGCAUCGACAACCUAGCAUCGGUCUCCAGUAUGAGAGGAACUUCGGCAGGAAUGGUUUCAUCACAGGUAGCGGCCAGAUACAACCGGGAAGUCAUAAUCUCUCUCCGACGUUUGGCAUAGGCGCCGGCUACCGAUUCAAGAGAGAAGCUGAUCCCGAACAAAAUUCGAUAAGCAUCAUAGCGACUCAGCCUAUGAGUGGUCCGCAUCGACGACCUAGCAUCGGCCUCCAGUAUGAGAGGAACUUCGGCAAGAACGGUUUCAUCACAGGUAGCGGCCAGAUACAACCGGGAAGUCAUAAUCUCUCUCCGACGUUCGGCAUAGGCGCUGGCUUCCGAUUCAAGAGAGAAGCCGAUCCCCAACGGAAUUCGAUAAACUUCCAAGGAACUCAACCUCUGAGCGGCCCGAACCGUCAACCCACCUGGGAUCUCAACUUCAAUCGUAACCUUGCGAACAAUGGUCGUACAUCGGCGGACAUUUUCGGUGGAGUGAGUAAAGUACCCGGACAACGAGCGCAACCGCACGUUGGUAUCCAGGCUGAGAGGAACUUCGGCAAUGACGGUUUUAUCCGAGGAAACGGCCAGCUUCAACCAGGUCCGAGAGGACGUCUCUCCCCUUCGAUCGGUAUAAGUGGUGGCUUCCGAUUCAAGAGAGAAGCCGAUCCCCAACGGAAUUCGAUAAACUUCCAAGGAACUCAACCUCUGAGCGGCCCGAACCGUCAACCCACCUGGGAUCUCAACUUCAAUCGUAACCUUGCAAACAAUGGUCGUACAUCGGCGGACAUUUUCGGUGGAGUGAGUAAAGUACCCGGACAACGAGCGCAACCGCACGUUGGUGUCCAAGUUGAGAGGAACUUCGGCAAUAAUGGUUUCAUCCGAGGAAACGGUCAGGUUCAACCAGGUCCGGGAGGACGUCUCUCCCCUUCGGUUGGUAUAACUGGCGGCUUCCGUUUCAGGAGAGAAGCCGAGGAUGCCGAAGAUGAUGCGGAGCUCAUCGAAGAGUAUUGAAUAUUAAAUCUCAUUGGAGAAUAUUGAAUAUUAUAUUUCUCACUCGGCUAUGUAUAUAGAUAUAUGAUUUCAUCAGUGAUUCUAAUUUAAGAUCCCGUUACUCGUAUUACUAAUGUUAUAUUGUAUAUAUACCAAUCAUGUACGAACGUUUGACCUGCCUUUAUUUAAGACUCACGAGGCUAGUUCGCAUCUCAGGCAGCAUAAACAUACAAUACGCAUAUAUAUAAUUCCGUGUCUUAUUUAAAUAAA